AUGCAGGUAUCAUGGGUGCGACAUAGAGAUAUCCACCUUCUGACAGUUGGCAGAUACACAUACACCAGCGAUCAGCGGUUUCGAGCGAUACAUUUACCGCACUCAGAAGACUGGACUUUACAGAUAAAAUACCCGCAGCACAGGGACUCGGGAAUCUACGAAUGUCAGAUAUCAACUACUCCACACAUGAGCCAUUUCAUACAUUUAAAUGUUGUCGAGCCAACGACGGAGAUAAUUGGCGGGCCGGAGCUGUAUAUUGAUCGGGGCAGCACUAUAAACUUAACAUGCGUAGUGCUCUACUCGCCUGAACCACCAGCGUAUAUUUUUUGGAACCAUAACGAUGCGAUAAUAAGCUAUGACUCGCCGAGAGGUGGCGUGUCAGUUGUGACAGAGAAAGGUGAGACGACAACAUCGUUCCUUCUCAUUCAGCAGGCGAGGCCUUCUGACUCGGGGACCUAUCAGUGUAACCCCAGCAAUGCCCAGUCGAAGAGCGUGGUGGUGCACGUACUAAAUGAAGCAAAUUCUAUUUUUCCCCUAUCAGGUGAGUAUCCAGCGGCGAUGCAGCGUGGAGGACAAACAUUUUCGCCGCACACUCACUGUAUCCUACUUGCUGUCAUGCUUCUCUUAGCCGUGUCUUGA